UUGAGUGGUGAGAAAGGCGCUCGGUGUGAUGCAGCAGUGCUGGAAGAAGCUGCAGUAAUGACAGUAAGACAAGAUGAACGCUGGAGGAGAAGUCCAACCGUCGCUGUGUCAAGUGGAUCUGAAGACUUGAAGGAAGAAAGAAAGACAGAAAGAAAGUGAAAAAUGUUCUUGAGUUAACCCGGAGCACCAUUCAUACACAACAUGAGGCAUGUCUGUCGAUAUGAACUGGACUGAAGAGAAGAUCGAGCAGCCUAGUUUACUCUGAACUGCUUUUCUUUUUCCUUUCUGAAAAGCACCUGAAAAUUUUUACCUGAGAAGACUUUUUCUGUUCUAUCCCGGACUGGUUUACCUGGAGCUGGAUCAUGAUGGAGACGCUCACGGAUGUUUUACUGGUCACUGCAAAUGUAGGCUCGUUAUUUGACAAUCUGGGUGAGAUCCAGAACGACUGGCUGCGGGAGUUCUUCACGGCUGUGGACACGUACAAGCCCCGCUUCAUCGCCCUGCACUUUCAGGAGGUCGGGGGGAAGGACUACAAGGCCAACAUGGCUUACGCUGAAAACUUCUUCUGGACUAUCGAGUCCAGCUCGGAGAUGGCCGACUUCGACCGAGUGUGCGUCUACGUAGACAGCGACUUCAAGACCGAAGAUAACUUCACGGCCCUCGGGAGCAUGUACUUCAUCCACAAAUCUCUGGAGAACAUCCAGCAAUACGAUUUCAGUGCAAAGGAGUUCAGAGUGGUGUCGGGACGCAACAAGUAUGCGGGUUCACUGUACGGGGUCACGACAGUGCAGAAGGAGAAAUUCCAGAGGAACUUUUGGCCAGAUAGAAAGUGGUCAAGAAAAGGAUACAUGAGGACACGGUGGAUGAUUCACAACCAGGGCGUGGACUUGGUGAACGUGCACCUUUUUCACGACGCUUCAAACGUCGUAGCCUGCAACUCCAGUCCCUCGGUGUACUCCACAUAUCGACAGCAGGCUCUCCGUUACGUCAUCAGCAGGGUAUCUGAUGACUUCAGCCCACUGCCGUUCUUCCUGUUCGGAGAUUUUAACUUCCGCCUUGAUACACUACGUCUAGUACAGGACCUCUCCACGUCUGCAGAAGUCCAGAUGGAGAUGAAGGACAGCACUAACGAAGUGGAGAGAAUCAUCUACGAGGAGAAGGACAACGAGCACAAGCAGGUCCUAUUUCAAAUCGAGACUAAACGGUUUUUAUACCUGCACCACAAACUCUUCCGAGAGGACACUGGACGAGAGCUCCUGGAGUACGACCGGGAGAGCGCAGCCUUCCAGGACAUCAUCACAGAAGAGAAGAUUCUGUUUCCUCCCAGUUACCCCUACAGUGAAGACUACACUAAACCCACGCAGUACAUGAACACGCGGUGUCCAUCCUGGUGCGAUCGCAUCCUCAUGUCCCACAGCGCACGGAACAUCAUAUACAGGACAAACAACGGAGACAGUAAAGUUGUGUACAACAUGCUGGGCCAGAAGGUUUGCAUGGGAGACCACAAGCCUGUCUUCUUGUUCUUUGCACUGAAAUCCAAUAUCCAGUGAUGCAGAAUACAGACCCAUUAAAGGGUUUGCUGAUAUGCAUCCGUGAAGACGAAGAGGGUUUAUAGACGGCUGUUCUUCUGCUACAAUAACUCACAACCUUCGUAGACCUCAAACCGCACACAAAAAGGACGGCGUAUUUCUUAAAAAAAAAAGCAAACAAACCCUAGUACAAUUUCUCUGGUUUUACAGUUCUCAAGGUUUUUUUUUUUCCGUAGUUUUAGAUAUUAUCAGCAGUCUUCUGACUGAAACCUAUAGUCUGGGAAUGCAUGAUAAGGAAAUAGCUAAAUUUUUUAAACUUUAUAUCACUAGCAUGCUCGGUAAAAGCUAAAUCCAACUAUACAUCAUACACUGCUGGAUUGCACAGGCUGCUCAGUUGGCAUUCACCCACUCACAUUCUGAUUUUAAAUCUACGCUUGUUUGCGUGUGGGUUUUUUUUUUUUUAAGCCUUUGAACCUUUAUGUAGUAUGUGUUCGGUGUUGCUUCCGCUUCCGCUGUGGCCCUCGAGUUUCUCCAUAUCUCAGCGGUGCUGUAAGUCAGACAUCCUGAGAUCAAUAGAAUAUGUACGCGGCGACCUCCGGGGGCGAAUUCGAAAGCUAUCAGCGCUGUGUGAAAUAUGGAAAUCUGUCCCAAAGCAGCGAAGCCUGACAAGCCCUCAGACUUUUAAUUACAGCUUCGGUUUCAGCGAACAUACAACACGCUGUAAAGCUGAAGGGACAUUCCGUAACGUUUGUUUCGGUUGUGGGGUGUGUGAGGGAUGUAGUCAAUCCGAAAACUAAACCAGACGCUUUUAUUACUGUGAGGAGAUCUUAGUUAUCGUUUUCUGCUAAGUAUAAUAAGCCAAGCCAAGUUCAUAACCAAGUCUUGUAUUGCUUCUUCAUGGUCAUGCUGCUAUAACGGCUCCCAGCAUGCAUGGACUGAUUUCCUUUUCCUUUCUAUACGUCUGUAUUUCUUAAUCAGGUAGCAAGGCAAGCUGUGUGUCCAACAGUGUCCUUCUGGAUUCUUUUAAAGAAACACAACCAUGCAACAUAGCUUUAGGGCCCGGUUCCACAACACCUACAUCUCUGACUAUACCUAUUCCUGAAUUUAGUUCCAGUCUGGAGCAGAAACACCAUAACUAUAACCCUGACUAUAAUAUCGCUUGGUCCUGACACUCAGCUAAAUAAACGCAUGCAACUUCGGAAUAGUCAUGGAAGUUUUUCCCAAGUAGCAGCACAUUAUUCCGGGUCAUACUGUACAGCUCGGACUCCAAAACGACCCAUGUACACGCUCCAGCGGUUGAUAUAAUACGGAUAGGUCACAGAUCACGGAAAUAUAAUAAAAACGUGUACAAAAUACGGAGCAGUUACGGAUUUUAAUACGGAUGCUAAUAAUUUACAGAUUGGUCACCGAUGUUUCAGUAUAGCCCAGGUCACAACCGGACAUACGAUUUUUUGGCCGUGCGAUUUUUGGCGUUUCCCAAAUCGCUGCGUUUUUUUUGUUCGUGGAGAAAGACGCGCGUUGGCCGUAAGUUUGUCUUGCAACCUGAAAAAAACGUAAGCGCCCGUAGAGUUUGUUUGACAUGACAAAGAACCUCUGCGGCCAGUCUACGGCUCGAAAAUCAGCACGUCACACGCACGCCCUCUGUGCGUUUCUUGCGUUUUUUGCACGUAGACCGGCUGUAGGAGCACGUACGGCCGGUUGUGACCAAGGCUUAUAUUACAGAUCGGUUACCGAUUUCAUACCAUUAAGAAGUCUAAAACAAUUAGAUGUUUGGACUGACAAAGUUCAGAAUUAAAAUCUCUUACCUGCAUUUAUAUGUUUACUUUAUUAUUACUAUUGAUAUUUCACGGAAAAUAAUCACGUCCGUGAAUAAAAGAUCCGUGCUUUGUAUUUUUUUUUUUUUCCGUGAAGAAAAAAAUUCUAGGAUUCAUCGAUCUAUCCGUGUAAUCUAAAUACCCCCCGUCCCCUCCUCAUUCUGUUACUUCAUGAUGCAACAAGGAUGUACAAAGAUACCUGGGGAAAAACAGCAUGUGCUCAGCAACGUCACAAUUACUUGAUUGGUCAGAUCAGAUGUUUUAUCGGAUCAGGUCCAGGCCUGGAAAAAUGGCUCCAGAAGCAAAUCUCACCGAUACGGAUAAACCCAGGCCUGGGCUCUAGGUAUCGUUAUCGGUCUGGUGGGAGCACCAACCACGUAAACUGCAGGGGACUGAUUUAUUUAUCGUUAUAGUUAUAGUUAUCGGUAUUGAGGGACCGGGCCUUAAGUUGUAUUAGAUUGAUCUGUGAAUAGUUUUGCAUUUAUUCCUUUAUAUUUGACGUUGUUUUGCUUCUUUAUCCUCGGUUUAUAUUAUGAACAGGACAAUGGGUGGCGGUUGUUGUUGUUGUUGGUUUUGAAAUGAAUUUGAAUUAAUUAAAGCUGCAUUUUAAGUUUCUUCAGUGGCCUAAUCACACAACGAGUCGCAUCACGUUUUAAGAUUUCCAAACCGAUUCCCUCCACUAAUUAUCAAUAUUCAUUAACCGCCAUUCAAACAUGCGGACAAAACUAAUGAUACAGAUAUGACAAGCAGGCCAUUAUUCCAAUUCGACUAGGAUUCAUCGAUCUAUCCGUGUAAUCUAAAUACCCCCCGUCCCCUCCUCAUCCCCCUCCCCCUCCUCAACCUGAGGAUUUUUUUUUUUCGAUAAUUUACGUGCGAGGGUUAAAUUGCCCGGCCCAUUUGUCAAUAAUGGACUUGUUGGAGUUGAUCCAUGAUGGUGCUGGACAUAAUGCAUUGCUCUCGAGAGCUUUGCCCUAAGCUGAAGUUCAAUACGAGGCUGUGAUGUUGCUCAGCGAGAAGCACUGAUGUUCUUUUAGCAUUUGUGAUUUUCUGAUGAGAUUGAAACACUACUUUUUAUUUUAUUUUUAUUUUCUUUUCUUUGCAAAGCGUAAUUUAUAUCUUUUGUACGUUGGAAGGGGCAUCGAUAGUCGCUGGGAGUCUUUGGGCUCAUGUAGCCGCUAAUGUUUGCACUUAUUUGUGGGUGUGAUAGGGAUUAUUUUACACAGAGUUGAUUUUGGUGUUCACUAAAAAUAUUGUUGCUUUUUCAGUAGCGUUUUUCGAAAAUUUGUUCAAAAUGUCUUUUUUUUUUUUUAAUUUUAAUUAGAGAUUACGGUUAUACACAGGUUUUGAUGAUUUAUACACGGUGAUAGUGAUAGAAGAAAUGUCAUGUUAUGCCUUAUUGGUGUGUGUGUGUGUGUGAUACAUCCUUUGAAAUAUAAUAUUUUAAAACCUUUUCCUUAAAGACGAAACAUACCAACUGAAAAUGAAAAAGAGAAAGAAAAAAACAACUCCUCGCACAGCUCUUUUAUCAAGUCAAACUAUUUAAUAAUGGCUGUCGUUGUUUUAUCUUUAAAAUUAAAGUGUUCCACUUCUAAUGUGAAUUUCAUAACCUCUACUAUUCACACCGUAAAACUGUUAACCUGUUAACUCUGCGUAAGAUGUCUAAAGCUAUAACCACACUCCUCUGGAUGUGCUCUCAAACGAACACUGAUCACGCUCGAGGUGAAAUGGAUCCGAGUGAUUUUUUUUCUCUCGGUUUAUUUUAUUGUAUUUGUUCAGACAGACAGAUGAGAGCAGUUUGUCCGGUUCAUCGGCAUGUAAAAGAGGAAAGCCAGUUAAAUCCUGGCUCGUCGUAGUCAUUAACACACUCGAGGAGAUUAAUGGCACUGUGAUUCUGGCAGCUUUCGGCUUUCCGCUGAUUGCCGAGAGGAACGUUGUCGAUAGAGGGACGGCGCUGGGAAAAAUCUCACCUUCACGAUUCUAUUCAUUCCUUCAGAUAAUCAGCUAAAUUUGCCUCAUGCAUUAUCACAGAAUGUUGUUCCAAAUUGAGGUUCUGUUCACGACUCAGAUAGCUUGUGCCAAAUGUGUCAUAGAAAUAUAUAAAUAUAUCUCAUGUUUGUUUGGUUUUGUUUUCCUCUUUGAAUUUCCUGUUUAUCAUAUUUAUCUGAUAAAAACAAACAAACCAAGAAGCGGUUAAUAGACUGCAUUUGUACCUCUUAAGCAGCUGAAUGUCAAGUUGCUGUUGGCAUUAAACCUAAAAUGAAUGUUUAAUUUUCAAAUGGUAUGUUAUCUGAUUCUCUAUAAAGUGUAUCUAUAAAUCAUGAAA